AUGUCUGUGUGCUCCAGCAGUUCCAGGCAUUCGGCCUUAUCGCAAGAAACCCAAAGUGCUGAAGAAACUUCUGGGCCAAAGAUGCCAUCUCCACAUUCAGAGUCAACAUGCAAAAGUCUCUCUUCAGGACUCGGAUUGGAAACCCAGCUUGUGCUGCCAGAAAGCCCAGAAGGGGGUGAAAAAAGCCCAAUGAAAAAUCCAUUUACGAUUCCUCCCAAUGUUGGUAUUUUCACAAUAAGGGACAAGGAAAGAAAAAAAGCUAAGGAGGAGCGUGAAAGGAUGAAGACCAUGAAAAUCCAUGAGAAAAUGACUUACUCCACUAAAAUAAAAGCAAAGCCUAAACCAUUAAGGGAAGCUCUCCAAAAGGAGGAAGAGGAGGACAGAAAACAGACAAUAAAUGAAGAGAGUCUGAAAAUCCUUCAAGAUAGUCUUGCAUGGAAGAAAGCCAUUGGGAAAGAUUACCCAUUAGAAAAGCAGACCUUCCAUGAUGACAUAAAUGACAGAAAAGAGACAUUUUUACUUAAGUAUGCCAUAGCAGUAAAGCGAGACGAGAUGCAAAGGAUGGAGAAGGUAGCAAAGAACAAGGAAAGAAAAGUGAAAAUGGCUGAAGACCACCUGGAGAAGGAUAUUGCCACGUUUCAUGAGUUCCUGAAGCAGAAUCAAACAAACUUUAUUCAAGCUCUGAAAACUGCCAGAAGAGAAACAGCAGCGAAGAAAACGAAAACGAUGGAGGUCCGGGCGAUUUCUUCCCAAAUAGAGAACAUCCAAAGCGAUAUAGCCAGAUUCAAGAACACCCUGCAGGAGUACAAGAUGUACAGGGACUUCCUCUAUCACCUAUCUCCAAAAGAGUGGCAGGAGGAGUAUGAGAAAAAGCACAGGAAGAAAAAGGACUUGCAAACAGCAUCCGAAGCUAAUGAGCAGGAUGCUGCCAGUCCCUAUGGUACCGGUUGUACAGAUGUGCCAAGUUCCCUGCUGUCUUCAAAAAGUUUGGGAUUCAGAUUGUUACAAGAGUUUAAGCCGCAGCUCAAACACUUCCUGAAGCUUCUAUCAGCAAGAAAAAUAAUUUCAUUGGAGGAUGUAGAAAGCGAAAAUUGCUCAGAUGAAGAUGAGGAGCCUGAGCUGUAUUUCACUGAUCCCCAACAACUGCUGUCUGUUUUCACGGAGAUGGAGGAAGAGAACUUGUCCUUCAUCCACAAUUCCCAGGAGAUCAAGGAAAGUUUGAAUGAGGUCCAACACACCUUCAUCAAGACACACGAAAGCAUGAAGAAGCAGUUGGCAGAGCUGAAACAGCAGGCAGGCAGCCUCAAAUCCUCCGUCGCCAAAGCAGAAGAAAAAGUAGCAGAUCUGAAGCUCAAAGUUCACUUUUCAUCCUCUGCAGAAGACAACGCUGUUGACCAGGACAAAGUGCUCACUAGCUUGAACAAGAAAGUGCUGGAAGUCUAUUGCCACUGCACUGGAGAAAAGGAGACAAACCUGGAGGCAGUGCAGAUGCUCACGGUGAUAGAAAAGCAGCUCAAUGAUUUACUGGAUACCAUGGAGAGAAUCCCACCAGCAAUGAUGCAAAAGGCUGAGAAAGCCCAUAAAAAGGAACAAAGGAUGAGGCUCAGAGAGGAAAAGCUCAGACUGGAGAAGCAGCAGCAGGAGGAAAGAAUGCACCAGGCUCUGGAGAGAUCGCAGGCACUCGUCAUAAAAAAGAAGAAAAAAAGGCUCAGCCAGGAACAAGUGGAUAAGGAGAAGGAAGAACAGCUCUAUUAUUUCACUUGA